UGUAUACAGAGUUAGUUACAGCUCUGUGUAUGUAUCGUGUGUGUACAAUAUUAGUUGGAGAAUCAUGUGUUGAAUGUACAGUUUGUGUGUAUACAGGGUUAGUUCCAGUGCUGUGUUGAAUGUACAGUUUGUGUGUAUACAGCGUUAGUUGCAGUGCUGUGUUGUAUGUACAGUGUGUGCAUAGCUCCGGUGGCCUCUGAAUAUCGCAAGGAAGAGCGUUCCAGACGGCCGCAGAAGGCGCGCGAUGCAGUUACCGUCAUUGAUAAACACUCGUUACUUAGCUGUAAUAAUCUUACUCCUGCUGUUUGUGUUUAAUUCUCCUUUCCCUGUACCUCUGAAAGAAGUUAAACAUACAGACCUAAUAUAAGAAACCCAAAGCAGGACUCUCCUGAAAAAUGAUCAUUGGACUCGCUUGUGCGUAAGUGAUACAAGAUUAUUACGAGCAACUUUUGCGCCCAUGGCGCGCGCACCACGGCAAGAAGAGAGAGAGAGGAAAAUGGGAAAUGCCUUUCCCGUACUGCCGCAACGCCGUUUUCACGACGCUUUUUGGACAAAGCGCGAUGAGCGAAUGGGGGAAAGGCAUCUGUUGUUCGAACGGGGAAGGCAUCUUUUGUUCGAACGCGGAACGCGAAUUGGACGCAACGCGAUUCGAGCGAGCGGACACUACGUCGCGCGAGCAGGAACAAGCAGUCGUACGGCUGACCCCCUGGGGUUGGCGUCCAUCGCACAGGGCAUUGGGAUGCUGCUGGAUGCUUCCGGAUGCCACCCACGCUCGCCUCGGUCUUCGUCACGGAAUCUCGAACCACACCAUGGUGUCGGCUGCGUGGGUGCCUCCCGUGUGCGCCACCCUCCUGCCGCACGUCGGCGGCAUUGUGGGCGGCCUGCUCACGCAGAGCGAGAUCAAGGGCUGGUACGAGGGCCUCAAGAAGCCCGCUUGGCGGCCACCCAACCGGGCCUUCCCCGUGGUGUGGCCGCUGCUGUACACUGGCAUGGGGUACGCGUCAUACCUGGUGUGGCGUGACGUUGGGGGCUUCACCGACGAUGCCGUGACGCCGCUGGGCCUCUACGGGGCUCAGCUGGCCCUCAACUGGAUGUGGACCCCGAUUUUCUUCAAGGCUCAUCGCAUGGGCUUGGCUUUUGCCGAGAUCCUGCUGCUGUGCGGCACGGCGGCGGCGACCGCCGUCAGCUGGUGCCCCAUCAACACGACGGCGGCCAUGCUCAUGGUGCCCUACCUGGCGUGGCUGAGCUUCGCCGCUGCGCUCAACUACAGGGUGUGGCAGGACAACAAGGGGCCGGGGGAGGGGGAGAGCGAUGGCGAUAAGAAGGAAGGAUGAUGGCUCGCUGGAACGUUGGGAAAGCGAAUUCCACUGCUUGUUGCUGUGCUUGGUUUUGUCGCCCCCAACCCCUGCGCCUUCCGAUCCAUCACCGUUGGCUAUGUACUGUGGUGCCCAAGAAGUUCAGCAUUCAUACAUGCACACUGCUACACACACUAUACAAUGCGCUACGCGAUGCGAUACACUACACUAUACACUACACUAUAUACUACACACACUGCGCUUUACACUACACUAUACACUACACACACUAUACAAUGCACUACGCGAUGCGAUACACUACACU